GCCUGGUGCUGGAAAACAGGAGGUGGAGGCUGCACUGCGCUGCUGUCGGAUCGGUUCGUUGCGGUUUGGAGCGGGACUUUUGCGCUUUUCCUCUAGUGCGUCUUUUCCCGGUGCGCUCUCGGACAACAUGGUGUCAUCAUCAUCACCAUCAAAAUCAUGACAAUUGCUCCCAUUUUCAUCUGCAUCAGGCAAGCACUUUUACUUUGUUGUUCCUGGUAUCAUCGGAUGACAAGGAGCGCUCCUUUAAAUAACAUUUGAAAAACUCUGGGGUCGAUUUCCACUGAGGACAAACUGAUUUUGUUCGGUUCUUUUGAACACACGUGAAGAUGGAUCCCUCAGAUUUCCUGCUGAGCACUUUGGCUCUGCUCCUUGUCGGAAGAAAUCUUUUCACAAGGGCCAUGCUGAGUGACAUUGGGGACUACGUAGGUACAGACAUUGAAAUAUCCUGGUUACCUAAUCUGGAUGAGCUCAUGAAGGGCUAUGCCAGAAACUUUCGCCCUGGGAUAGGAGGUCCACCCGUGAACGUGGCCAUGGCAAUCGAAGUGGCCAGUAUCGAUCACAUCUCUGAAGCCAACAUGGACUACACCAUGACCGUGUUCCUGCGGCAGAGCUGGCACGAUGACCGCCUGUCCUACAACCACACCAACAAAACUCUGGGACUGGACAGCCGAUUCGUCGACAAGCUUUGGCUGCCCGACACCUUCAUUGUCAAUGCCAAAUCGGCUUGGUUCCACGACGUUACCGUGGAGAACAAACUGAUACGCCUGCAGCCCAAUGGUGUCAUUCUAUACAGCAGCCGAAUUACCUCAACAGUGGCUUGUGACAUGGACCUGACAAAGUAUCCCAUGGAUGAACAAGAGUGCAUGCUUGACCUGGAAAGCUAUGGUUACUCCUCAGAGGACAUUGUGUACCACUGGUCGGAAAGCCAAAGGCAUAUUCACGGCCUGGACAAACUGGAACUCUCACAGUUUACCAUCACAGACUAUCGGUUUGUCACAGAGUUGCUGAAUUUCAAAUCUGCGGGGAGAUUUCCAAGGCUCAGCCUUCGCUUCGAGCUGAGACGUAACCGAGGGGUGUACAUCAUCCAGUCAUACAUGCCCUCCAUAUUGCUGGUUGCCAUGUCCUGGGUGUCCUUUUGGAUCAGCCAAUCAGCAGUCCCUGCUCGCGUGUCCUUAGGCAUCACGACCGUUCUCACCAUGACCACCCUGAUGGUGAGCGCCCGCUCCUCUCUGCCUCGCGCGUCAGCCAUCAAGGCCCUGGACGUUUACUUCUGGAUCUGCUACGUCUUUGUCUUCGCUGCUCUAAUCGAGUACGCCUUCGCUCAUUACAAUGCCGACUACAGACUCAAAGAGAAAGCCAAGGUGAAGGCCAACAAGCUCGGCUCGGAGUCCAUCGUGAAGAACGGCAAACAGGCCAUGGUUCUGUUCUCCCUGUCCGUCACCGGCAUGAACCAGGGCGUGGUCAUUUCUAACCGCCACAGCCGCACGCAGCGUUCCAGCAACGAGAUCCCUGGGGAGGCUGUCUUCGAGGAGUUCGAGUCUAGGAGGAGGUCCAGACAGAUGAGAGAGAGUGAGGAAGAGAAGAAAAAGUGUUGUUCCAAGUGCGUUUGCAAGCCAAUUGACGCCGACACUAUUGACAUCUAUGCCAGGGCCGUGUUUCCUUUCACCUUUGCCGUGGUCAAUGUGAUCUACUGGGUAGCGUAUACCAUGUAAAAGGGAAGAAAAUCAUGGAUGCUGAUGGCUUCUGUCCAGGAUGGACUGUAUAUAUACGAUACUGCUGGAUCUGUGCCACAUUAAUGUUGGCAGUCUUAUGCAGCUGAAACACGCUGCGGGGAAAAGGAAAAAAAACUUUAGAGGGAAUGACUUGUUUCAGCCAAUGAAAAUGGCAAAUGUGACUGAAGGACAGAUGGGACCUUCAAAUCUAAACAGACACGGAAUGCAAGUAUGCAAGGUCACAUGGUCCUGGACAGCCUUAAUGAGUGCAUCACCCUGCAGUAGUGACCCUUCCCCGAACACACACACACACGCACGCACGCAUGCACACACACGCGCACACACAGUAUAUCCUGCAAACUGUUGUUCGCUUAGACCCGUAAGUUCGAGUUUGAAGUAGGCCAUGUGUAAUCGUAGCACUCCUCGAAUAAGGACAACAAGAUGAGGCGUUCCCACUAUUUUGCAUGGCUGAUAACUCUCUUAUUCUCUUUCAUCGCCAUAGCUAUCAGGCCCUCUUGCACCUUAUCCUUGUUGUGGAGAGCCACAGGUUUCCUUCCAAAUUAAAUUUUUUGUUUUGAAAAUGUCUGGAGGGUCUCCCUCCAGUUCUGUCAUUUUCCUCACCAUUAAAGGACUUCUUUGGCCA